AAUCAGCACACUCGGGUGUUGAGUUGCAUGGACCGGGUCGCCAAAGUUGCGAAGCAAGCUGGUAGCCAUGCGCACUCCAAGCUCCAGAAGGCCGUCAACGCGGCCAAGGAGCAGGGCUAUUUCGAGCCGAUCUGCACACAGCGCCACCUCUCAGUCAGACAUUACACGUUUGACGUCUUCCAGUAUUGUGGUGACAUCGUCCACGUUGUUGCGUUGUUGCUUUGCCUCGCAGUCAUUCUGCGGGACAGUGGCACUUCGGGGAUUUCCUUCAAGACUCACAUCUUGUAUUUCAUCGUGUUCACGGCACGCUUUUCUAACGUCUUUUUCUGUGAUCAGUCCAUCUACCUCGUUCUGUACAAGGUGCUGCUGUGGACGGCAACUCUGAAAAUUGUGCUGCUGUUGUACAUUUUCGGAGCCAGUGUGGAUGAGAAAGACACGGUAUCCUUGUCGGCGGCGCUGUUCAUCAUAGUGGUGAUGACCCUAGUCUUUGGUGUGUAUUCAUUGGAAGAUCACGGCCUUGUCGUGGAGAUUCUCUGGAUUUUCUCCACCUACUUGGAGAGCAUCUCGAUGCUGCCCCAGUACAUUUACUGCUACAGGGAUGUUGACAACAAAUGCCCCUUCGUCUCGGCGUAUGUCUUUGCCAUGGGCGGGUACCAGAUGGUCUUCGGCGUCAGCUGGGGCCAUCACUUCCUGUUCAGACCAUAUGACCUGGAUGUCAGCAGCAUGAUCUCGGGCCUUCUUGGCAUCGUCUUCUUCUGUGACUACUUGGCUUUCAGGGUCGGCGGGGCCUCCAUGCUGGUCCAAGUCUGCAUCUCGGUGGAUGACACCAUCAAGGAAGCGGAGGAGGCAGCCUGGAGCCUUGUUGCAGGACAAGGCAUGCCAGGCAUUCCGCAAGAUCCAGUGAGCCCUGCAACGCUAGGUCACGAAAUCGAGAUGGCAACAGCCUCUCAGGUGGAGUAUCACCAUCGCAAAUAGCUCGCGAAAAUGAAUGUGCAUUGUACAAAGCUUUACGGUGCAUGCAACCCAAAAUUCGUGAGCUUAUGACAAAUUCCUUGCAGAGAGAUGAUUUGUUUUGUGUAGUUCCAACA